UUACUUAAUCAGAAUACUAUUUGCAAACCAUUAAACUGCAGAGAGCUUGACUUUUAUCAAAACAUUCCACAAGACAUCCAACUUUUUGCCCCAAAAUUUAAAGGUGUUUUACAAGCUGCAAAUAGUGGCGAAGUUACAUUAAACAAACGUUAUAGUCCCAGUUUUAGAGAACAAGAUAACAGACAAGGGCACAGUACAAAUAAAAAAAAGAGGGAAGAUGUAUUAAGAAUGAAAGUUUGUCGUGAUAAUACAUUAACCGGAGCAUUAAAACCAGGAAUGCAUUUGGAUAAUAUACCAAACAGACAGUAUUUUCUUUUGUUGGAGAAUAUAACAUCCCAGUAUUCUCAUCCAUGCAUACUGGAUCUUAAAAUGGGGACCAGGCAGCAUGGUGAUGAUGCAUCUGCUGAAAAACGUAGCAAGCAAAUUGCAAAGUGUGCUGCCAGUACAUCAGCCUCAUUGGGAGUUAGACUAUGUGGAAUGCAGGUUUAUCAAGCUGACACGGAUCAUUACGUGAAAAGAGAUAAAUAUUGGGGGCGGCAAUUAAACGAAGAAGGUUUCAAAGCCGCAUUGUAUCGAUUUUUCCAUAAUGGUUUUUGUUUACGAACGUUGGUUAUUGAAAAAGUAGUGUCGCGGUUAGAACAACUGCGACGCGCUAUCGAAAGACAAAGUAGCUACCGAUUUUAUGCGUGUUCAUUGUUAGUCGUUUACGAGGGUCAAAUGAAUUUUCCACAAUUUGGUAAUUCAUCAUCCGUGUUACAAGUAGACGAAGAGUCGACCAGUUCUAGCGCCGUGAGUGACGGCCCUCAUACGACAGAUGGAUGUUACGACGGUGACAUAAGUAACAGUUCCACAGAGUACAAUGUUUCGAUCGAAGAGGAAAUCGGUAAUACUACUACGUUGCACAAAGGAUUUAACGAAGGGGCCAAAAAUAUCACCGGUUUUUACCCGACAAGGUGUGUAAUCAGUUACUUUCCUUUGUCCGUUAGUGGGUAAACAUUUUGACUGCUUUAAAAAGAAUUGUCGGUCAUUCCGUUUCGAUACGUUGGAAAACUUUAUUUAUAAUGUUAACCUUUAAUGUUGGUAGCGCAUAAAAUAAUUUUUUACAGUAGAUCUUGAAGUUUAGAAUGGGAUAGAUACGCGGGUUACAAUAUGUAUUUAUGAUAUAUCUGUAAUUUU